AUGACAGAACCCUACAGCUUUGCCAGAUACUGAGCCUUGUUUUCCGGGGAGAAGCGGGGCCACACACUUGGGCUACAAAAAAAGGCACAUUAACCAUAGGGCGGGGCGUAGGUGGCCCAACCUAAAGGAGGAAGGACGGAGCAGGGGUGUGCGGGGGGGCCCAGGGCGGGCCGGGUACUGCGCCUCAAGUUGCCAAGCUGAGCCGAAGCGACGCAGGGAGGCGGUGCUACGGCCCUGCGGAGUGGAUCCCACAUUUACCGCCUUGCUGAGGUGGCGGGGUGACGAAGGUGACGCUGGGGGUCGGCUUGUCGUGGGGUGGAAGAAGCAGCGUGUUGCGCGCUACGUAGUGGGUGGCUCCGCCUCGAUUGGAAGUUGGUGUUUACGAAGUGACUGGCUGGUUCAAUCGGAGGACGGUGGGACAUUCUGAAGGGAGACAGGGACGCUGACUGAGCGCUCCCAAGUGGGGAGGAUGCUGGUGGUGGAGGUGGCUAACGGCCGCUCCCUGGUGUGGGGGGCCGAGGCGGUGCAGGCUCUUCGGGAGCGCCUGGGGGUGGGGGGCCGCACGGUGGGCGCUCUGCCCCGCGGGCCCCGCCAGAACUCUCGCCUGGGCCUCCCUUUACUGCUGCUGCCCGAAGAGGCGCGGCUACUGGCGGAGAUCGGCGCUGUGACUCUGGUCAGCGCCCCGCGCCCGGACCCCGGCCACCACAGCCUGGCUUUGGCAUCUUUCAAGCGCCAGCAAGAGCAGAGUUUCCAGGAACAGAGUGCCCUGGCAGCUGAGGCCCGUGAGACCCGUCGUCAGGAGCUGCUGGAGAAGAUUACAGAGGGCCAGGCUGCGAAGAAGCAGAAGCUAGAACACGGGUUGGGGACCAGUGGGAACCAGGAGGCUGGUGGGAGCCAAGCUGCUGAAGAGAAGGACACCAGUGAUGGCCAGACUUCUGGAGAGCAGGAGGAAGCUGGCCCCUCUUCUUCCCAACCAGAAUCUUCAAAUGGGGUGACCCCCUUGCCCAGAUCUGCUCUACUUGUUCAGCUGGCCACUGCCAGGCCUCGACCUGUCAAGGCUAGGCCACUGGACUGGCGUGUCCAGUCCAAAGACUGGCCCCACGCUGGCCGGCCUGCUCAUGAGCUGCGCUACAGCGUCUACAGGGACCUGUGGGAGCGGGGCUUCUUCCUCAGCGCCGCUGGCAAGUUCGGGGGGGACUUCUUGGUCUAUCCUGGUGACCCACUCCGCUUCCAUGCCCACUAUAUCGCUCAGUGUUGGGCCCCUGAGAACCCCAUCCCACUCCAGGACCUGGUCUCUGCUGGCCGCCUUGGGACCAGUGUCAGAAAGACCCUGCUCCUCUGUUCACCACAGGCUGAUGGUAAGGUGGUCUACACCUCUCUGCAGUGGGCCAACCUGCAAUGAACUCCAGAGACCUGGGGGAUGUGAUUGGCUGGCUGUGACAACAGUGUUUGUAGAUGUGUGCAAGCUCAUCUCCGCAUGGGAGGCUGGAAUACUCUCCUACCUCUCUCUACGGUUAGUUUUUGAUUCCAUGGAUUUGAACACUAUGCCCUUUUUAUGUUCCUCCCUGUUUCAAAGCAUUUACUGGCUGUGUUUUUGUAGUACCUAUCUCUACACUGGGCCUCCGAGAGUGAGGACUGGAUUUGAUUCAUUUCUAUUUUCUACAGGGCUCAAAUCUUAGAAGAUUUCAAUAAACUUGUUGAAUAAAUGUU